AUGGGUCCCAGUCCUCCCUGGGUCCCAGUCCCCAGGUCCAGUCCUCAUAGGUCCCCCGGUCCAGUCCUCAUGGGUCCCAGUCACCCCAUGGGUCCCAGUCCCCAUGGGUCCCAGUCCCUCAUGGGUCCCCAGUCCCUCAUCAGGUCCCAGUCAUCCCAGUCCCAGUCCUCGGUCCCAGUCCCCACUCCCAGUCCUCAUGGGUCCCAGUCCACAGUCCCCUGGUCCCUCAUAGGUCCCAGUCCAGUCCCCAUGGGGUCCCAGUCCCUCAGUGGGGUCCCAGUCCCCAGGUCCCAGUCCCCAUGGGUCCCGGCAGUCCCAGUCCCCUUGGUCCCAGUCCCCUCCAGGUCCCGGUCCCAGUCCUCAUGGGUCCCAGUCCCCUCGGUCCCCAGUCCUCUUGGGGUCCCAGUCCCCCUGGGUCCCCAGUCCCUCUGGGUCCAGUCCCCAUGGGUCCCAGUCCCUCCCCCAGUCCUUGGGUCCCAGUCCCCAUGGGUCCCCAGUCCCUUGGGUCCCAGUCCUCAUGGUCCCAGUCCUCAUGGGUCCCCAGUCCUCAUGGAGUCCCUGGGUCCUCAUGGGGUGUCCCAGUCCUCUCCCAGUGGGUCCCAGUCUCCCAUGGGUCCCAGUCCCCAAGUCCCACAGUCCCCAGUCCCAGUCUCUCAUGUCCCGGUCCUCAGUCUUCCCCAGUCCCAGUCCUCGGUCCCAGGUCCCCGGUCCUCACGGUCCCAGUCCUCAUGGGUCCCAGUCCCAGUCCCAUGGUCCCCAGUCCUCAUUAGUCCCCAGUCCUCAGGGUCCCCGUCCAUCCUCAUGGGUCCCAGUCCUCGGUCCCAGUCCUCAUGGGUCCCAGUCCUCAUGGGUCCCAGUCCUCACGGUCCCAGUCCUCAUGGGUCCCAGUCCUCAUGGGUCCCAGUCCUCAUGGGUCCCAGUCCUCAUGGGUCCCAGUCCUCUUGGGUCCCAGUCCUCAUGUUAUUAAUAGGUGUAAUUUAUUUGUUCUUUUACUAA